AAAUUGGGGUCCUUUCUUGCAAUAGGCUAGCUGUCGAAGCGGUACUACGAGUCACAUUGUUUUACACAAGUGUGGUAAAUUAUCCAAAAAUAACACCAAUAUAUGCCGAAUAGAGUGUUUGGGGGAAUGUUUAUAAAAUCGCAGUUUCUUUCGGUGUGUACAUUUACGUCCUAACUGGUCCCGUAGCUUUGGUGUUCAACGUCGAAGGGUGUGUUUUUCUUUACGGUCGCCGUCAACACAGCAGUUAGCGUUAGCGAAGCCACCGAGCUAACGUCAGUCCUCAAACCCACGUAAUUCUGAUAGUUAGCCAAAUAAACUAAGAGGGAGGCGUUGAUGAGCAGCAAUGUCUGGCAUCGCUCUUAGCAGACUGUCCCAGGAGCGCAAAGCCUGGAGAAAAGACCACCCAUUUGGUUUUGUUGCUGUGCCUACGAAGAACCCCGAUGGCACCAUGAAUCUGAUGAACUGGGAGUGUGCCAUCCCAGGGAAGAAAGGAACUUUGUGGGAGGGAGGACUCUACAAACUCCGAAUGCUGUUCAAAGACGACUACCCUUCCUCACCACCAAAAUGCAAGUUUGAGCCACCAAUAUUCCACCCGAAUGUCUACCCAUCUGGCACAGUGUGUCUGUCGAUCCUGGAGGAGGACAAAGACUGGAGGCCUGCCAUCACCAUCAAACAGAUCCUGUUGGGUAUCCAGGAGCUGCUGAAUGAGCCCAACAUUCAAGACCCAGCACAAGCAGAGGCUUACACAAUUUACUGUCAGAACAGGAUGGACUAUGAGAAGCGGGUAAGGGCACAGGCCAAGAAGUUUGCCCCCACAUAGAGAGGAGAGCCGUCCUCUGUCCCGCCUGAGCAGCCUGAACUGAUGGAGGAUACAAACAGGAGGCAGGCAGCGCCUGAAGGACCACUCCAAUAAGAAUCCAGUUUUGAGUAUUAUUAUACUACUACACAGGUGGCAAGUGAGCCUGUUUUUCUUUUUCUUUCUUUCUUCAAACAACAAAAGUUCAAUAUGAUCAUAAUGUUACCUCUUCAAGAAAUAUUGAUGCAUUUUUAAUGCAUAGCUGAUGAUCCUAGAACUCUGCUGUCAACACGGACCUUUGCUAUUUGUAACUCUUGUAUAAUCCAUAUCUCCAGUUUUGUCAUGAGUGCGGCUCCGCUCACUCAUGCCUUCAUUAAUACUGUAAGUCAUGCUAAUGUAUCGGCAGAGCUGUAGAAAUAAGAUCUCAUGUCCAAACCACUCUCUGUGUAAUGUUUAGUCUGUUGUGGCAGAGGAGGAGAUUUCGCUUAUUCUAAACCUUCCAGUUUUUAUCAAACCAUCAAACCCCACAAGUAUUGUAGAUAGUGUUUCAUGAGUAUGGGAAUGAACUGGGGACAAAGCAGUCAAACGCCCAAUGGAAGUCAAUCCACCCAUUGUGCUCUUGAUUCCCUUGUUUCGUUCCUAUUACGCAUCCAUCACAUCUGAGUUUCCAGAAAAGCAUCAAAAGAACACCAUCAACACGUCAAAUUCAGGUAAAAGACAAUCCUGGCACUUAUACUUUGGUUGUAAGCUAAACCGUGGCAGUUACGUAUGUAGGAAGUGGCGCUCCGUCCACCUCAAAGAAGGGAAGCGUUACGGGUGGAAAAUGGAGCACACGGGUCAGGGUUUUGCUUCCACCGAUGAGUUUAAAUCAUCCUUUAUUGCAGUGGAGCUGAGGUAAGCUUAGUGUUAAGAUUCUUUUUGUGAAUCCAACUGGGAGCGAAAGUAUUUUUUCAAUGACGGUUUAUGCACUUCAUGCACAUU